GAGUUCACCAUGGCUGGGUUGACCGUGGUUGGGUUGACCAUGAUGAGUUCACCAUGGUUGGGUUGACCAUGGUUGGGUUGACCAUGGUUGGGUCGACCUUGGCUGGGUCGACCGUGGUUGUCGGGACCGUGGUGCCACCUGCUCUCUAUCUCCUCGUGCCGCGUCCCCGUGCCCCGGUGGGCUCUGGUGGCCCGGGGGCCGUCCCCAGCGCGGUGAUGUCCCCCAGGUACGCCAGCCUCUACUUCUGCUGCGCCAUCGAGGGCCAGGACAACGAGCUGAUCACGCUGGAGCUCAUCCAUCGCUACGUGGAGCUGCUGGACAAGUACUUCGGCAGCGUGUGCGAGCUGGACAUCAUCUUCAACUUCGAGAAGGCGUACUUCAUCCUGGACGAGUUCGUCAUGGGCGGCGAGAUCCAGGACACCUCCAAGAAAAGCGUCCUCAAGGCCAUCGAGCAGGCGGACCUGCUGCAGGAGGAGGACGAAUCCCCCCGCAGCGUCCUGGAGGAAAUGGGGCUGGCUUAGACCCCAAACCCAAAAAAAAAAUUAAUGAAAUAAAAAUAAAUUAAUUUAAUUAAAUUUAAAAAUAUUAAAAAAAUUAAAAUUUAAAAAAGUAUUGAAAAAAAAUUUAAAAAAAUAAAAUUAAAAAUGUAAUAAAUAGAAAUUUCCUGGAGGAAAUGGGGCUGGCUUAGACCCCAAACCCAAAAAAAAAUUAAUGAAAUAAAAAUAAAUUAAUUUAAUUAAAUUUAAAAAUAUUAAAAAAAUUAAAAUUUAAAAAAGUAUUGAAAAAAAAUUUAAAAAAAUAAAAUUAAAAAUGUAAUAAAUAGAAAUUUCCUGGAGGAAAUGGGGCUGGAUUAGACCCCAAACCCAAAAAAAAAAUUAAUGAAAUAAAAAUAAAUUAAUUUAAUUAAAUUUAAAAAUAUUAAAAAAAUUAAAAUUUAAAAAAGUAUUGAAAAAAAAUUUAAAAAAAUAAAAUUAAAAAUGUAAUAAAUAGAAAUUUCCUGGAGGAAAUGGGGCUGGAUUAGACCCCAAACCCAAAAAAAAAUUAAUGAAAUAAAAAUAAAUUAAUUUAAUUAAAUAAAAAAAAUAUUUAAAAAAUUAAAAUUUAAAAAAAAAUUUAAAAAUUAAAAAAAAUAAUAAAAUUAAAAAUGUAAUAAAUAGAAAUUUCCUGGAGGAAAUGGGGCUGGAUUAGACCCCAAACCCAAAAAACAAUUAAUGAAAUAAAAAUAAAUUAAUUAAAUUAAAUUAAAAAAUAUAAAAAAUUAAAAUUUAAAAAAAAAAUUUAAAAAAAUAAAAUUAAAAAUUUAAUAAAUAAAAAUUUCCUGGAGGAAAUGGGGCUGGAUUAGACCCCAAACCCAAAAAAAAAUUAAUGAAAUAAAAAUAAAAAUAAAUUAAAUUAAAUAAAAAUAAAAUUUUUUAAAAAAUUAAAAAAAAUAAAAAUAAAAAUUAGAAAUAAAAA